AUGAUUAGCGUAGAGUUCCCCCAGGGGCCGAACACUGGUGCCGGAAUAAAUCAGAGAGUGAGCGGGACUGAGAAUAGUCUGAGACUAAGGUUGUGCUUGCCUUUUUUAUUGAAUAUCAAAUUUUUUAUUUCUCCACUGCAGUGGAAGAGACGCUACUUUAUUCUUUUUAAAACCAAUGAGCAUGACUACCAGUUUAAGUACUUCAGGAGUGCAGAAGACAAGGGGACCCCACGUGGAGCCAUAGAUCUGACGCAGAUCUCCUUGUUAUAUGAGAGCCCUCAGCAUCACCAGAAAUGGCCAUGGGUCCAGAAGACAUUUAAAUGCUCCCCCUCAUGUGUGCUCUACAUCAGGGCAGGAAAUCGGGACUACUUCCUUAUUGGGGACACCAGCACGGAGGUUGAACGUUGGUUUAAAGCCCUGUAUGAUGCCCUAAACAAUCGGCCUCAUAGACUUCUCAGUUCAGAGGAAAUCAGCAAUGGGCAGCCAACUGUUGACAUAAUUACAAACCCUCUUCUUCACCAGAGAAAGAAAUCCAACACUGAUGUUGACAGGGUACCCUUCAUUGUAAAGAAAGAAGACAAUUCAAAGAAAGACAAAAACAACUUGACAGUUGAGACAUCACAGAAGAUGAGGUCCCUUUCUGACCCUUCCUCCAAUGCUGCAGAGGGAAACACAGAACUGGAUGCAGAUUACAGAUGGUCUUUCCCAUCCGAUUCAGUCGAUUCAAUCUACGACAUUCCCAGCGACCGUGAAGUUGAAAUGGUUACCAAUGGCACCCUGAUGAGGUCCAUCUGUGCUGUCUAUGAAAAAUUCAUAGCACAGAGAUCAUCUCUUCUGAUAUCAGAGGACGCCCUCUCUGAAGACGGUCAGGAGGACAGCAGAGUUUGUGAUGACCGCUUUGACCUUCCUGUUCAGACAAGUAUUCAUCAGUGCCCCACAGAGACAAAACUGUUCUUGCCUCUUAAAAUUACUCUGUGCCAUUAUCUGGUACUUGUAUGCUGCUGUUUGCUUCAAGAUGACAAAAAUCAAUCUUCAGAUUUCAGCAACAGCUCCAGCAGUGCCAGUUCUCCUGUUGACACACCAGAUUUAAAUGGGCUGGAAAAGCAAGACCUAUCUGAGAGCCCUGAGUGCCGCACCCAAGAGAACAUAGAGUUCAUGGUGAAGCAUUCAGAUUUGAAAAACUACCUCACACUCACAGAGUCAGAGGGGAAGCCAAGUGUGUCUGACUGGGCAGGACAGCCGCAGUCAGUGUGCCUCUUCCACAAGGGGGACCAAGUCCUGGCAAUAAACGACCUUCACACCAGCAGCGUGGAGGACUUUAACAUGUUUGUCAGCAAGUCGCUAAAGAAGGAGGUGAAAGUGACCGUCCGCCGUCUGCAGGGAUCCAAGCCUUUGUAGGGACUGAGGCACUGACCAGAGCAACUUUCUGUGACAAUCUGUUCCAUCUACUAUUGGUCUUCAAGAAGUUUUAAACUAAAAGAUCUCAUACCUUAAAAUGUUUUAUUUCCUGGGUGUU